AUGGCGUCGAGCUCGUCCGCACAACCUCAGCAGAUCAACGUCACCGACCUCGACGUCCCGCAGCUUGCGGAUGUAAGGAGGCAGUUGGAGGAGGAGCUCACGCACCUCUCGAAUUCUUACGCGCAACUGCGUCAAGCGCAGGCCAAGUUCAAGGCGUGCAUCGAUAAUGUCGGGCAGGUGAAGCCGCAGAACAAGGAGAAGACGAUUCUUGUACCCCUUACGAACUCCCUAUACGUUCCUGGGAAGCUACGUGAUGUGGAGCACGUCAUUGUGGACGUCGGGACGGGAUACUAUGUCAAGAAAACGCGCCCGCAGGCGAUGAAGCACUACGAGAGCAAGGUCGAGUACAUUCGCACGAACCUCGAGGCCCUGCAGGAGACGAUCCAGAAGAAGCAGGAGAACAUGAACUACCUCAUCAAUGUCCUUCAGAUGAAGCUCCAGCAACAAGCUAGCGGGAAAGAGACGAAGGUUGGCUAG